GUCCUAAUAAAAAAAGAAAAAAUUUAGAAAGGGUCGAAGAAACUAAAUAUAAUCUUCGUAGAGGUCCCAGGAAAGAUUACAAAGAUGGACCUUCAAAACGUUCACCAAAAAGGAGAAGGCGCCAUUAU